CCCGUCCGGCGUGGGGCGAGGGAAUGCGGCAAGGGCCCCGGCGGUGGCCGCUGAGCCUGGACGGCCACGAAUAAAAAGCCGAAGCCAGCUGGGGAUUUGUAACGCAAGCGGCGCUUCCAGGUUUCUUUUCCGCUUUGCGCUUGUUCUGCUGUUGGAUUUGAGAUCAUGUCGGUUAAUAUCGUAGCCUUUGGGAACGAAAGAGACAGCUUUUCUGAGGACAAUCAGCAGCCAAGCCUGAUCUGGAGCUAUCUCAGGAGAAGUGCUCUCAUUUCCCGGAUUGACAGCAGUUUGUCUGCCAGUCACGUUGGAAACCCGGUUUUUACCGAAUAUCAAGCCUGCGUGUUUGGAAAUGUCAGACUGGUCGUACAUGACUGUCCUGUCUGGGAUAUAUUUGACAGUGACUGGUACACCUCUCGCAGUCUCAUUGGAGGAGCUGAUAUUAUUGUGAUUAAAUACUCUGUCAAUGACAAGACUUCAUUUCAAGAACUAAAGGACGGUUAUGUACCAAUGAUAAAAAAGGCCUCAAACCACUCUUCAGUUCCGGUGAUAAUUUCUGCUAUUGGUGCACGAAAAACCGGAGUGUCUUGCACCUGCCCCCUGUGCACUUUGGACAGGAGGAGCUGCGUCACCACCUCCGAGGGAGUUCAGCUUGCCAAGGAACUGGGAGCCACUUACCUUGAACUGCACGCUCUUAAUGACUUCUACGUACAGAAGUACUUUGGAGGAGUGCUGGAAUAUUUUAUGAUCCAAACUUUGAAUCAGAAGUCAUCUGAAAAAAUGAAGAAAAGGAAAAAGACGCAGAAGUGCCAUCGAGUUCAACCACCUCAGCUUGAACAGCCAGAAAAAAUGCCGAUCUUAAAGGGCGAAGCCUCGCACUACGACGCGGACCUGCACAACCUGCUCUGCUGCUGCCAGUGCGCGGACGUGGCGUUCUGCCCCGAAGACCUCAGCACGGUGGUGGAGGCUCACAAGAUCAUCCUCUGCUCCGUCAGCCACCUCUUCAUGCUGCUUUUCGAGGUGAAGACCCCCGCCGACAUCCGCGACGCCUCCAUCGUGCGGACGGCGCGGAGCCUCUUUGCGGUGGAGGCGGGGGACGCCUUACCCCCGGCCCCCCGCGGCAUCCCACCCUGCGUCCCGCCGGUGAGGGUGGUGGUGAAGGACUCCGUCUUCUGCUCUUGUCUCCCGGACAUCCUCCACUUCAUUUAUUCAGGUGCUUUCCAGUGGGAACGAUUAGAAGAGGAUAUAAAAAAGAAGUUGAAGGAUCCAGAAAAAACUGAACAUGUGCUUGAGAAAGUUCAAUGUAUCCUGAAAACUCCAGGGAAGCCAAACACUGUAAGGGACUGCAGAUCUCACCAGAUAAAACGGCUGUAUAAUACUUCCCUCAGGCUGUUCUUUAAUACGCCUGUCCUAGCUGAUGUCAUCUUCAAAAUACAAGGUGCAACUGUACCAGCCCACAGAGCAGUUCUGGUAGCUCGCUGUGAGGUAAUGGCAGCUAUGUUUAAUGGUAAUUAUCUAGAAGCAAGUAGUGUUCUGGUUCCAGUGUAUGGGGUUUCCAAAGACACUUUCCUCUCCUUUCUAGAGUACCUUUAUACCGACUCCUGCUGCCCAGCCAGUAUUCUCCAAGCUAUGUCUCUCUUGAUCUGUGCAGAGAUGUACCAAGUAAUGAGACUCCAGCAUAUUUGUGAGCUUUACAUUAUCACGCAGCUUCAGAGCAUGCCUAGCCGGGAACUGGCAUCCACAAGUCUCAGUAUCGUUAGCUUGCUCAAAAAAGCUAAGUUUCACAAUUCCGAUUGCCUUUCGACUUGGCUGCUUCAUUUUAUUGCCACUAACUACCUCAUCUUCAGUCAAAAGCCUGAAUUUCAAGAUCUUUCAGUGGAGGAGCGCAAUUUUGUAGAGAUGCACAGAUGGCCUUCCAAUUUGUACCUGAAGCAGCUUGCUGAUUACAGGAACUAUGUCCACUCUCAGAAAUGCCAUUGCACAGUAAUGUAAGAAGACUGAACAUGCGCAGAGCUCAUCUCGACUGGAAAAUCUCAGACUGGGAAUUAGACGGAGUAUAAAAAUCAUGUAAAGAGCAAAACCAGAUACUGAUCUCCCCUGGAACGCUGUAUGCCGUGCUGUAGUGCACUUACUAACAUUCCUUGCUUUGAUAAUAAACCACUCUACAUUUUUGCUUGAAGCAUUGGGAAAUGUAUCAUGAAGAUUUCUUUCAAGCACAAGGAUUUCACACCCAUGGGGAUUAAACACAGUAUGGGGCCGUGUCAUGACUGUUGUCUGUUCUCCCUUCUAACUCCUUUGCUGUUUGUUUUGUUGGUUUUCAUGAUUACUUUUGGCUGCUAGACCACCACCUGUGGAAAACAGAUUUUUUUUGUAAAUCUGUGUAGAAUAGGAGCACAGUAGCAGUGCAGGGAAGCUGGGAAGCCAACUCCUAAGUUCUUUAAAUAUUUCAGGAUGCAAAAAUUUACUGCAGCAUCUGCUGGUUUGCAAAGUAAGUAGUAGGCUUAAGAAGCGUUUUAGUUACUAUUCAUUUUCUACUGCAAGUUAACUCUGUAGUUCCUUUUACUGAGACUCUUACAGUCGUAUGAGUGGAUAUUUUAAUUCCAGAGGAAUGCCUAUGCACCACUAUCUUCCCUAGUGCCUCGCAAACAUCUAAAAAUUGAAAUUACUUUUCCUCCCAGUAAACAGGAGAAGAAAGUCUGUUUUAAUACUCCGUAGAACACCUUUGUUAGUGUGGUCAUCCUGUGUUUUUCCCCCUGAGGAAAACAGGCAGGGAGAGCUAAGUCUGCUCAGAGCAUAUCCGUACGGUACUGGUGGGGACAGGGAGGACAGGGAAGGAGCUUGACAGCCAUUCGUAGGUUUUGUGGGGGAAAACUCAUUGGCACGAGUGACUUUUUUGGGAAAAGUGGGUCUUGUAAUCCUAUGUCUCUCCUGCCAGCUGACAGCAUAAAUGUUGGAUGUGCUGGUCGUGGAGGGAGGUGACCCUCAUGGGUAUGCCAGUCCUAUGAGGAAUGUCGCCUUUUGUAAUGGGACUUUGAGCUCGAUCCUCCCCAGUGGGGACUUGGUUUAAAUUGAGUUAUCAUCAUAUGCUCAUAAGCUCCACCAUGUGAGACAAACCCGAUUAUCUUUUGUGGCUGCGUGGAUUCUUUUUUGGAUAUAACAGAUAAAUCCUGAAUAUCACUACUAGGAUGACCCUUGCAGACACUGUUGAGAGUUUUCUUGACCUAAAUUGUUCGUCAUGCCACUAACUGAUAUGUAUGUAAUAAUAUUAAUGACAAGAUGAACCCAGCCUUUACAUAAGGCUAUCUACCUGAGCAUAGGUACUUUCCUGUAAAUGAAAUCUUGUUAAGGGACUAAACGCUUCAUUAUUAUUUCUUGUACUUUUGGUUCUGCUUUGCCAGCUGCCUUGAAUUUUGGUACGUAGUCUGAGCCUAGAAAGACAAAGAAAAGACACCAAAAAAAGUUAUUUAGUGUUUCCCCAAUGUCCAUAGUAGGCCAUCUCAAAUGUACCUGGAAACUGCAGCUGUGAGACAAAGGUGGAACAGUAAAUUGCUGAGGCUGAAUCUUUUUUUUUGCUUCUAAGAAUUGUUUUUGUAUUUCAAUACAGUUUUCUAGGUAAAUUGUUCUUUUAAAAUUCCAUGCUAGAGUCAUAGGGAUUUUUUUGUUUUUUUCUGUGGUGUUUGGUAUUUUGCGGAGGUUGAGCGGGUAUUUCCUUUCCUAUUUUUGAACACAAAAAAAAAAACAAAAAAAAAAACCAGCUUGUGACUCAGCUGGCUGCUGCAGGCUCAAAAUUCUGAUGUUAGUUUUAUGUAGGAAUGAGAAUUCUUUUUUUCUUUUUUCCCCACUUUUCAUCUGGAGAUUCUGAAGUUCUUUAGAAGAUGAGAUAUACUUAUCUACAUCUCACAUAUAAGGCGUCUGAAAUAUAGAGCAUUACAUUGCUUUUUCGAGAUCACUAAAGAAAACUGAAAAUGUUAAAGGAAAAAAAUUAAUUGGAAAGUAGUAUGUAUUGAACUUAAAUGUGAAUAAAAGGUCAUUUCCUAGCAUUAUAGUAGAAAUUAAAAAUUUUAAGCAUCAGUUAACUGGAUAGAUACAAAUAAAACUUACAGUUUUUUGAAGCAUAAUGAACAAAAAUGAAGAUACAGUUGAACUACAGCUUGCCUGAACACCUGAUAGCAUCUUCAGUCACAGCAUGUGCUUCAGCCAGCAGCCAGCUCAAUUAUCAGAAGUAUGGAUUAUGUGCCUCAUGCAGACUUUUUGUACAGAACUGAUACAAAAGUUGUGUGAAUGUUUGUCUGCCUUGCAUGUAGUCCUACAUUUUUAAUACUUUGAAAGCUUUCCCAGUUUUUUUGCGAGAAGUUAGUGUCUUGCCAAUAAUUUAAGUGUAGAUAACAAAUAACAAAAUACUAUUUUUAACUUUCUGUAAAUGUUUUAUAGGCAUUUAAAAAUAGGCUUAACAGAAUACAAACACUUUAUAGCCAACCAAGAGAAAUAUUUUGCUAUUAUGUAUUUUAGUCAGUGGAAACCACAGGUUUUAUACAGAGACACCAGGCAGUGUAAAAAUAUUUAUUGUUUAUUCACAGAUUAAUGCAUACUACUAUUCAGACAUUAAAACAGCAUUCCAUUUUACUGAGUAUCCCAUAAUGCUGCCUGUAUCAGGUACAAUGUGCUGUCCUUGCAGACAUAGCCCCUCUGAUAAAUUUAAAUUCUUGGAAGAAUUCUUACUAUAAAUUCUUACUUUUAUUCUGUAUGAUGAUUUUCUGUAGAAAGGUAUUAAUCUUAAAGCUAUUUUUAAAACUCAUACUUUAACAUUCGGAUAUGUGACUGGAAGUAGACUGUGAUGCUUGGUGAAUUGCUGUCGGCAGGUUUUUUUAGUGGAGGCUUUAGGACCAUAUCCAUCAUGGACAGUCAGGAGUAAGGGCAGUACUGAAUUUGGUAUUUAUGAAUAACUUUUUAUGGUAUAAAGUAGAAAUUGCUAUGGCAUAAAAAAACCCCCUUUAUACUAUGGUAUAAAGUAAAAAUCAGGAACGAUCUGAAAAAAACAUUAUUUAAGCAGGUGGUUUUGAAAAAAGGAAAAAUGUCUGAGGAGAAAGGCUUCCACUGGUCCUGGCAUCUCCCACCCUCCCAAGGCAUCAGCAGCAUUGCCGUCAAAAAAGGAGGCUGGUGGCGAAUUUGGGUGCCCUUAGGAAGGUCGUAGAGGGUUUGGGAUUACAGCUUCAGACUUAGGUUCAAGUGGAGUUUGAACUCCCAAGUCCUUCAUUAGAGCUAACUCUCAAAAUCCACUUUUAGAAGACAAUUUUUUGAAUAAUGGAUACUUACUCACUGUAUACUUACUGCUGUACCGAUACAUAUGUAUGCUUGUCCCAAGCUAGCGCUAAGCUUUAUAGAGACUAACAAAGAAAGCUUUCUGCACUAAUGAUGUUCUCCACAUGAUAGUUAAAAAACCUCUGCUAUCAUCCUUUAGGUCUUGGUGUAUUUGAUUUGGAAAAAACUGUUAGAAGGAAGAAAAGCUAUUUUAUUAGGCAUGUGCUGAAAAUCCUGUAUGUUUUUCUUUUAAUAUACCCUCACUAAAUAUAUAUGUUUUUAGGCUGAAUAUGUAAAACUUUGUUAGAAAAUAAAAAUUUUUCUCUAGUCA